CAGAAAUGUCAGUUGGCGAUUUUAUUUUCCAGAAAUUCGACGCUAUUGCGCAACUUUGACAAGCGCCAGUAGAAAAUUGCGUUUUUUUGCAGGAAAAUUUCGCGUCUCGAUCGUUUCCCGUUUCAGUGCGAGAAUGUGCGAUGAUCGAAAAUUCCACGUUAAAGUAAACCAUCCAGCCGGUCCAGCCGUUGUUGACAAUGUGUUGUAAAUAUCAGGCCAGUGGCCAUCUUGUUUCGCAUUGGAAAUGAAAACAUGGAAACGGACUUUUUUCAUCGAAACUAAACGUAUGUUUGUUCGACAGUCGAUAAACGAUGGUCCGUUUCACGUGAAAGCAACUAACAAUGGCUACUAAUGAUGGAACCACCGCAGAAUUGUUUCCCGGUUGGUCGUCGGUCGUACACCGACCGGCCGAAGAACCCGAAGAAAUAGACCUACCCAGCACCGUAGACAUAGCCGCCCUAACCAACACAGAACCGGUCAACGAUCGCACCGACUCCGACAACGAUUCAGACGCCGAAUCCAGCAACUCCGAUGCGUCGCAGUCGCGCAGCCAGUCCGACGACUCCUCGGACUCGGACAGCUCGUCGUCCAGCCAGGGAUCGUCGUCGGAGCGUUGCAGCACGCCGCGCAGCCCCGAAUUCGCCGUCACCAGCUCGCCGACGGGCCUCCGGCUGACCAUACGCAAGGCGAGCGCGACGCCCGAGCCGCCCGACGCCGCCGCCGCAGCCGCCGCCAAAUCGGCGUCGUCGAGCUCGGACAGCUCGAGCGGCUCCGACAGCGAUUCGGAGCGCAGCGAGCGCCGCCGCCGGGCCGCCCGGCGGUCGCCCGUGCGCCAGACGAGGCGGCUGACCGCCAAGGCGAGGGCCAUGGUGGCCGAUAGGAAGGAGGAGAAGGCGGCGAGGGGCGCCGCCAGGAAGGAGAAGGACGGAGCGGCGGCCGGCGGGGCGAGGGCCGGGAACGUGAAGCUUCGCGCGACCGUUCGUAGGACCAGAAAGAUGGCGUCGCUGCCGUUGUCGCGCGGCUCCGCCUACACCACGUCCGAUGAUUCGGAGGCGUCGGACGCCGACAGCGCCAUGCUGGCCGCCUGCAGCCUGCAGGAGAUCCGCCAGGAGGACCUCGCCGCCAUACUGCCCGACCAACAGGAGAUCGACGCGUCGGGUUGCGGCGCCGGCGACGCCUCCGGCUCCGACAUGGAGCUGCCCCAGCAGGCCGUCAACGCGCUCAUCCAGCGCACCACCGAGAGCUCGAGCGACGGCGAAUCGAACGCCCAACCGUUGUACGCCAACAAUCUGCUGCAGCAGUUCGUCGCCCAGAUGCAGCUGUUGAACAACGCGCCGUGCCCGACGGCGGCGGCGGCGACGCCCGACGACGACGCCGGCGGCGCGACCGGCGACGGCGGCAAGGGCGAGCAGGACGGGGCGAAGAAGAAGCGCGGCAGGCCGAAGAAGUGCGACAAGGAGGCCGAUAAGAGCCAAGAGUAUUGCGCUAAUCCGAACGUUUCGCCCGAUUCCGGUAUACAGAAUAGUCCCGAUCACGUUUCGAGUCCCGAACCGGUGGUGUUGUCGCCUACUGCGAAGCUAAAGAGCGGUAACAAGAAGAUCGUUAAUAACAACAACAACAACAAUAAUAAUAAUAAUAAAGUAAAACCUGUUACUAGAACUACGAAUAAUGGUAGUAGUAUUAGUAGUAGUAGUAAGAAUAAAAUUCCGGUGACAUCGACUAGGUUCGAUCGAGCGAUGUACGGUAAUACGGAACGAGUGUUGUACCCGCCUAGAAGAUUGGGUAAUGUAAGGAAAGGUCCCGGUAGACCGCCCAAACACAAAUCCGAUACCAACAAGGCGAUGAAAGAGAAGAAAUGUAAACAACAACAACAACAACAACAACAGGCGAAAUUCCAGACGUUGAAAAUCCCGAAGCUGAUGCACAGCAAGCGCAAGCACAAGAAACACAAAAAAUGCAAGAUCAAAAUCGUGAAGCCGCUGUCGCACCAGCACCCCAAAGCGGCGUCGAUCGAAAUCGACAAGUUGAUCGACGACUUCGCCGCCUACUGUUCGAUACGGCAUCGCGACGCCGCCGCCGUCGCCGCCGCCGUCGCCAAGAAACCGACGAAGAAACGCAAGGCGGGCGAGCACGGCGACAAGAAGAAGAAGCGCUGCGACGCCACCGCCGUCGACGACGACAAGCCGGCCGACGCCGACGAGCAACGGCUGCCGCUGAAGAAGCGCCACUAUCACCACGUCAACGAGGAGGAGGUGGAGGCGGCUGCGGCGGCGGCGGCGGCGACCGGUCGCAGCGACGAUCACAUCGACGAGGCCAUCGAGGCGUGCAUCAACCGGUACGCCGACGGGGCGUCGGCGUCGAUAGCGGCGACGCCGAAGAAGCGCCACCGGCUCGAGGAGAAGAUCGCCGUCGACGAGAAGGUCACCAUCGAAUCGUUCAUCAGCGAGUUGAAGGCGAAGCGGAAUCUGACGGGCAAGGCGGACGAUGGCGACGCCGUGGCCGGCGGCGCCGCGACGUCGACGGUCGUCGAGGGCGAGCGUAAGGUGGAGGCGGUUGGCGAGGCGGGCGUCAAGGCGUCGCCCGAAUCGGCGAAGAAGAAAGUGAGGAAGAGGCGGGCGUUCAAUCGUACCGGUUUUCCGACGGUGCGAAGGAAGAAGAAGAAACCGUCGGAGGGCGGUCAAACGGCGGCGGCGGCGGCGGCGAAAAGUACCGAAGCACCGGACGUUUGCGAGCGCGUACCGAAAGAGGGCGAGCAGUACUCGGAGUUCGUCCAAAGGACCGAAACCGCCGACGGGGAGAAAUCGAAGCCGGACGAUCCGUUCAAAUGGGAGGCGAUGAGCGAGUGCGAAAGUCUACCGCAGGACGAACGGAUCGAUUUCGACGAAGACGUCAAACCCGACCGGAUGAGCCUUCGGCAUCGCGACGCCGCCUCGCCGUCGUCGUCGGUCGAGCCGGAGCAUUCGCUCGAAUCGAGCAUCGAACGGUUGCGGUCGCGCCUCGAGGAGCGCGGCAAGCGGAAGCGGCGCGACAAAGAGAAGGCGGCAGCCGCCGCCGCCGCCGCUGCGUCUACGACGACGACGACGGCGUCGUGCUCGUCGACGUCGUCGUCGGACGUGUCCGCUAACUAUCCGAAGCGGAAGCUGCGAGACGGGUCGCCGGCGCUGCGACGGCUCAAAGACGAUCGCAGUUCGACGUCGGGCGACGAGAAGCGCGCCAGGAGGACGUCGCGUUGGAGGAAGAAGUACCUGCUGGCCGGGUUGUUUUCCGAUUACUACAAAGAGGACGACGAAGCCAUUCGAUUGAAACGCGUCGAAAACGCCGCCAAACCGACCAGGAUUAUGACGUACAAUCCCGAAGAACAUCCGUACGGGCUGUUGCCGCCGCCCUACCAUUGCGGCAGGUAUUUGCGUUGCCGGAAGAUUCCCUUCCAAUUGCCCUACGACAUUUGGUGGCAACACACCAAUUCGCAAUUGCCCGGCAGAGACAUCGUGCCCUCUUGGAACUACAGGAAAAUUCGAUCGAACAUAUACAACGUGAAGAAUUCGACGGGCGCCUGCGAACCGCAACCGUGCAACUGCAAGCCCACAUCGAAUUGCGGCGACGAUUGCAUCAAUCGGCUCGUAUUCGCCGAAUGCCCAUCGUCGCACCGUUGCCACAAUCAAAAGAUCCAAAGGCACGAUUGGAAGCCGGGCCUCGAGAAGUUCAUGACGGAAUCGAAGGGAUGGGGCGUGCGCACCAAGCACUCGAUCAAAAAGGGCGAAUUCAUCUUGGAGUACGUGGGCGAGGUGGUGGCCGAUCAGGAGUUCAAAGAACGCAUGGGCGGCGUCUACGCCAACGACACCCAUCACUAUUGCCUGCACCUCGACGGCGGCCUCGUCAUCGACGGGCAUCGCAUGGGCAGCGACGGGCGCUUCGUCAAUCACUCGUGCGAUCCGAACUGCGAGAUGCAAAAGUGGUCGGUGAACGGGCAAUUUCGCAUGGCGUUGUUCUCGCUGAGGGACAUCGACGACGGCGAGGAGUUGACCUACGAUUAUAAUUUCUCGUUGUUCAAUCCCGCCGAAGGACAAGAGUGCAAGUGCGGCAGCGAAACCUGCCGCGGCGUGAUCGGCGGCAAGUCGCAGCGCGUCAGGCAGCUGCCGGAGCCGCAGGGCGGCGCCGCCGCCGGCGACAAGAAGGCGCCGGGGCGCGUCGGCCGGCCGCGCAAGACCGAAGCCAAGAAGAAAUCGAACGGCGCCGGAGCCGGCGGCGGCGCCAAAGAAGCGGACAGGACGGCGGUGGCGGCCUCGCUGUUGCCGCUCGUCCAGAUCAAACCGAUGAGCCACCAGCAGAAGUGCUUUAUUUUAGAGCACCAUUGCUUCCUACUCAGGAACCUGGCUAAAGUGAGAAAAGUGCGCGACAGAUCGAUGAGCGCGUCGUCGCGCAUGCGCACGGCGACGCCGACGGACACGAGCGUCUUCAUGAAUCAACUCAACGCGUUGCAGAAGCCGCGCAACAUGAAGACGAGGAAACUGGCCCAGGCCGAGGACGAUCCCGAAUUGAACAAAACCAUCAAAUUGGCGUCGCUGUUGAAGGAGAUCUGGACGGCCGUCGUGACGGCUAAAGAUUCGAAGGGGGCGCAGCUGAGCGCCGAGCUGAUGUCGUUGCCGUCGAAGCGCAAAGUGCCCGAAUUGUACGCCAGCAUGUCGAAUCCCAUCGAUUUGUCGAUCAUCGAGCAAAACAUCGCGACCGGCGUCUACAAAACGCCCGAAUCCUUCGACUCGGACUUCGAAUCGCUGUUUCGGAACUUCGUGCGUUUCUACGGCCGCACGAGCGACGUCGGCGUCGCGGCGACCAAACUGAAGAAGAUCUACGGCGAUUCGAAGCGCGAGCGAUUGGAGAAGUUCGAACGGGCGCUCGGCGAGAAACCGUCGCCCAAGUUCGCUUCGAACCGAAAGAAAAGCGAAGAGGAGGACAUAAUAAGGUGCAUAUGCGGCAUACCGAGAGACGAGGGUCUGAUGAUACAGUGCGAACGGUGCAUGGUGUGGCAACAUUGCGAAUGCGUCAAGGCGGACGCAUCGGCGGCCAGUUAUCAUUGCGAGAAUUGCACGCCGAGACAAGUCGAUUACGAGAUACCGUUGGACGAAUUUACCGAGCACGGUCACAGAUAUUACAUGACAUUGAUGAGAGGCGAUUUGCAAUUGCGACAAGGCGAUACGGUGUACGUGCUGCGAGACAUACCGAUAAAGGGCACCGAUAAGAAACAUACGUACGAUACCAUCGGGAAGAUCGAUUACGCCGAAUUGGACAUAUUUCGCAUCGAAAGGUUGUGGAAGGAGGAGAAGACGGGCAAACGGCUGGCGUACGGCCAUCAUUAUUUGAGGCCGCACGAAACCUUCCACGAACCCACCAGAAAGUUUUUCCCCAACGAAGUGAUGCGAGUGCCGUUGUACGAGGCCGUACCGGUCGAAUUGAUAAUCUCCCAUUGCUGGGUGAUGGAUUUGAACACGUUCUGCAAGGGCCGGCCGAUCGGCGCCGCCCCCGAUCACAUCUACAUAUGCGAGUACAGGGUGGACAAGGGCGCGAAGAUGUUCAGCAAGGUCUCGAAGAGCAAAUUCCCCAUAUGCACCAAGUCGUUCGCGUUCGAGCACUUCGAAACUCGCCUGAAGAUCAGCCGGACGUAUUGUCCGCACGACGUCGACGAAUCGCUGUUGAAAAACGCCGCCGGCCGGAGGCAGAAGAACGACGACGGCGGCAAACCGUCGGCGCGCGACAAGGGCGGAGGCGGAGGCGGCGGCUGCGCCGCGACGGCUGUCGUCAAAAACGAAACGGUGGUGGUCGCGACGCCGCCCGUUGUUAGGACUUUGGUGGAGCGAAAGGGUCGAUUGAAUCGCAUCCUGUUGAAUUUGCUGGGGAAAUUGCCCGCUAAGCAAGUGUAUGAUGCUUCUUAUUUGCUGGAAGGCGGCCGUCGUCGCAAGAAAACUAUGGAUAAUAAUAAAUAAUGCGGUGAAUGAUGCCGUGUAGGAGUCGAAGGAAAAGGAUAACGAAUGAAUUACGGUAAUGAAACAAAUUGGGUGAUAAAUUUUUUUAGAUAUUUUCUAGUUACGGUUCGAACUUAUUGCUAUUACUAUUAUUAUUGCUAUUAUUACUAUUAUUAUUAAAUGUCUAUAUGUAUAUUGAAGCUUAAUGUUUUACAGAGGUACGUUUGUUUCGUGAAUUUUUUCUGUAGGUACAUAACAUGGCGAAAAUUUUAUUUUUUGAACAUUCGCUCAAGUUGUAGGAUUCGUACUUUAUUUUUUUUUUAUUUUAUUUAAUUCGUACUUUCUAGAGAAAAUUUUAAUCGGAACAAACUUGCAUUUUGUACAGGUUUACUCGAUUAAAUUUGUAUGUUCUAUUUUCGAAUAGCAAUACAAUGCAUUACACGCCUUUUACUAUUAAUUUUUGUGAAUUUCUUGGAUUAAUUUUUCUUAUUUAAAUCUCACUGUAAUUUGGUAGACUAGUCAUAGUGAUUGUUGAUGAAUUUAUUAUUCAUUUGCUUAUUGAAUUUAUGAUAACUGAAGGCAUAUUAUUUAUUUGUACAAAAUAUGAAAUUGUUGCUUGAUAUAUUUUAGCGUUGAAUUUGAAUCUUACGUUCGUGCAGAGUAUUUUUUUGUUUAUUUAUAAAAUGAUUAAUUGCAAAAAAAGUACUCUGUAUAAUUACUAACAAAUCUAUAAUAAUAAACCAGUGUGUUAAAUAUUUUAAUUUAAUUUUCUCUUUACUAUUUUUUAAGAAUGAUUAUUUCAGUUCUCUCUUUAUUAUGGAAAUCUCAUUUAAUUUUUAUUAUUUUGAAUGAAGGUAUUACGAUUUUUCUUUAUUUUUUAAGCGUAUUUAAUUUAUGUCUAAUUUAUUUUGUGUAUUUUUUAUAUAUUGUAUAUUUUUUGCCGGUAACUGUUCUUGUCUGAUUAAGGUAAAAAUGAAUUAAUAUGUUAAUAUCACAGUAGGAUAUAUAAAUAUAUAUUAUAUAUAUACUUUUUAUGAUUAAUAAAAAUUGUUAUAUUUUU